AUGUCCUACCCGCCUUCUUCACCAAGAAGAAACCCUCUUCCUCACCAGAGUAGUGUGGCCUCAGCAGGCACCAUCCUGCUGAGGCCACAACUGGCAAUGAGUGACUGGAGAAUGUCACUGGGACAGACGGGCGCCAAUGGAUGUGACUUGAGCAGAGAGUGUGACUUGAAGGAGUUCUUCCAUCAUGAGAACCAGUCACAUCCUGCUGCCCUCCAUAAUGGUGGAAAACUCCACACCUGUCAGAAACCCUACGUCACUACCAUUCUUGAGAGCCAAAUUACAACCCCUGAGGCAGAGCCAGACGCCGACACGAUCAACAUUCAUGGUGCAGCGUUAGUGAACAGUCUGCCUCCAUGGAGUUCAAAGACGUUUAUUGAGCACACAACAGAAGCAGACAGCAAUGUCAUCAUAAUCAAAGCCAGUGACACAAAUGUUGUCGUCAUUGAAAUCAGUAUUCAGCUGGCACUUCAGGAGCUACAGCAGUUGUGGGAUGCCUUUGGUCAAGGACAGAAUCUGCAGGUUCCUGUACAUUACUUUUGUUCCACUCUUGCAGAAAAGCGCAAAGGGAUGCUCUUCUUCCAUACCUUCACUGGCUGCGAUGUCAUUUCGGCAUUCCGUGGUAAUGGGAAGAAAUCUGCCUGGCAAACUUGGGAUGUUUGUGAUGAGGCUUCCGGUGUCUUCAACAAACUCAUCCACUACCUACCAUAUUUGCUCGGAAUCGGAGGCUAUUCCUCCAAUCUGAGCAGAGCUAAAGCAGCAUGUCAAGCGUGCUUCCUAUCAGGCAGACUGUAUCCGGAGUCAGUCCGUCAACCAGAAACGCAGAUUCAUGCCAGCUGGGACUGGACCAAGUAA